UCAGUCGCGGCUCGAGCGCCGUACGCAUCGCACCGAUGUGCGUGCCGCUGCUGCUGAGACAGUAGAGAGAGAGAGAGAGAGAGAGAGAGAGAGAGAAGCCGACUGGAAGCUGUAGCGCGCGAGAUAUUCGAACCGUUCAGUGCGAUGUAAUAACUCCAUGGAGCGCGAACCUACCGAAACUCGAAGAGACAGUGGUGCUAUCCAUCGCUGAGGUGGGGAACAGUAUACUGUAUAAUACAGCAGUGCAAAAUAACACAAAGUGCGUUGUAUAGAAAGAGUGACAGUCGGCGAAGAGGGACGAUUCCGGUGGCGUCGUCGAGUGUUUGAUUUCAGGUGUUCGGGCCGCUCGCGUAUAAAGACGCGCGAUAACGACUCUCUCACACACACCCGCACCUUAUAAUCCGCCUUAUCGAGGCGCGAGCGAUUAUGAAGCAGCCGCAGCAGCAGCAGCCGACGAUCAGCGAAUCAUCGGGCCGCAGCAGUGAUUCGCGAGCCUCCUAAGCGAAUGGAGCAGCUUCCAUAACGCCGAGACGAGCGAGACGAGCGGGAAGAAGAAGAAGAAGAAGAGAGAAGUUCGAGACGGCCUGCGGGAAGGUGAUGGAUUUUCAGAGCGCGAUGGAGACCUUCGCCGAAGCCUGGGUGGCUGUCAGCACGAAAAACGAUCAGGUUCAGAGCCAGGCUUUGGCGCUAACGCACAAGGCAUCACCGCCCUCUCGGCCGAGCAGCGAGCCCUCGUUGCCGCGCAGUCCACCCUCAUCUCAGUCCCAGCAGUCCCAGGCGUCGUCCCAGUCGCAGUCGCGCGAGCAGUCCCAGUCGAGGGAGCAGCGAGAGUCUCAGGCCCAGAACGUUCCGGUGUCAGCGCAUCAGCAGCCCUCGUCGGUCAGCGGGAACAACGCUCACCAGGGUCAGCCGACUGUGACGGCCGCGGCUGCCAAUGCGGUUGCUGCCCAGCAACCUUACGCCGCCCACAAUCAGCAUCUCAAGCAGGAGCUGGCCAGUAGUCCGAAGCAGGAGGGAUUCGAUCUCAGCAAGACUGCCUCUGGUCCCGGCAAGAGUCUUCCAGUGCACUGUGUGGUCGAGGCGAUCCACAGCAUCGUCGAGACGCGGCCGAGUAGCGGGAGAGAUAAUUGGCGACGACCACACGUCGAGAUGGACACGUACGUCUUCAUCCCCGCAAACAUGCCGUUUCAGGACUUGGUGGGCGAGGCGCUGAUGCGUCUGAGCUACUCGAACGACCUGAUCCUGAGCGCCCGAGGAAGCAUCGUCAUUCGAAACUGGAAGCCUCUGCCGACGGAGAAGGUGGCCGAGGGUCCGCUUCUGACCGUCGGUGACAUCCUCGCCGAACUGAUCAACGUGGCGACCCUCAAAAUACAGGUGUACAGAUCGAGACCGCCACCUCCGACACCAGCGUCCGAGGUCAGAGAUAAACUGCUCAGGCUGCUACUGCUGCGCAGCCACGCGGUUCUCGUUGCUGCCGGCUGUCCGCUUGACGAGACGACCCUGUCAUCGCUCUGUCGCGGUGGCAACGACCUGACGGAGGAGACGCAGCGCAACUUCGAGUCCUGGCUCCAGCAGCAGCACCUGGGCCUCGGCUUGAAUCCUCUCCUGCAACCGAGCGCCAAUCACCAUCACCACCAGACACACCCGCAUCAUCGCAGCCAGUCGCCCCAGACGGUCGGCCCGGAAGUCGUGAGCUCGGGCACAGCGGCGGCUGCGGUGGCUGCUGCUGGUCUCGGCCAUCAUCACCCGGCGCUGCUGCCCUUCUCGCACAAGUCGCGCAUGCGCACGAGCUUCGAUCCGGAGCUCGAGCUUCCGCGACUUCAACGCUGGUUCGGCGAGAACCAGCAUCCCACGCGCCAGCAGAUACAGCACUACGUGAACGAGCUAAACGCGCUGGAGUCGAGGAGGGACCGGAAGCCCCUGCACGUCAACAACGUCGUCUACUGGUUCAAGAACGCGAGGGCCGCGCAGAAGAGGGCCGAGACCCGGGGUGUCAACGGCUACAGUCCGCCGGGACUCAGUCCCAGAGGGGCCAGCAACGUCAGCGAGGACUGCAGCGACGAGGAGGAGGACUCGAGACACCAGUCGACAUCGCCGUCGCCUCUGCCGCCAGCGAGUCCACCGGUGGGCCCGCUAUCCCUGACGACUCGGCCCGAAGACCAAGCCCAGCAGCAGCAGCAGCAACAACAGCAGCAGCAGCAGCAGCAACAACAGCAGCAACAGAACCAAACCCCAUCGACGACGUCAUCGUCAGUGAAGCAGGAAGAUGUGGUCCGCGGAGGCGUGUCAUCGGGUUCGGAGGACGACGAGGCUAGUCCGACGGGUGGACCACUGCCGGGCUUCUCCCUCGUGCCCAGCCCCAUGUUUGGCCACAGCGUCAUGUACAUGUCGCACUAUCUGUCGCCGCGAGGACCCACGGGAUGUCCCACCAGUAUGCUGGACGAGAGGAGGAAGCGCAACAGGACCUUCAUCGACCCGGUCACCGAGGUUCCCCGACUCGAAACCUGGUUCACGCAUAACACGCAUCCCAGCCACGCGCUGAUCCUCAAGUACACGGAGGAGCUGAACCGCAUGCCCUACCGUCAGAAGUUCCCCCGUUUGGAGCCGAAGAACGUGCAGUUCUGGUUCAAGAAUCGCCGGGCCAAGUGCAAGCGGCUGAAAAUGGCUCUGUUCGAGGGCGAGUCACCCCAGCCCCAUCCGUAUCACGCCGAAUAGCCCCUGGGAAGCUCGUCCGCAGCUCUGCUCUCGGCCACUGCAGCAGCGAGAUUGUACAUUGAACGAGAGAGCGUUAAAGCUCCCGGCCGCACCCUUGAUACUUAAAAAGCAGCGCGAGGAGAUUAGCCGAGGAUAAGGAGAAGAAAACUUAUAGCGAAUACUCUGCGAGCUAUACACACGUACACAUUACACAUACACAGGCUGAAAAAAUAUAAACACAUAGACACACACGCGCGACGGAUACUGCGAUGCGCGCGCAAUUAUCUCUUAGCGGGAGGUAUGACCUACUACGCUGUAAAACACGUUACACGCGACGACGAUUCGCGUGAGACGAGUAUAUGAUAUAAUUGUCAUGAUAUAUAUGUAAAUAAUGAAUAUACCAACUAUUAAUAUUUAAGUAAUUAAUUAUUAAUUAUUAUUAUGAAUGAUAAGUAAUGAUCUCGAAAUAAAGUAUAAACCAUGCUUACUUCGUUCA